AUGGGGAAUUGCGAGGGAAACAGUAGGAAGAAGACCAAGUUGACAGGUAGUGCUAGCUCAAGUCAUGCAGUUUGUCAGGUGGAGGACUGUGGUGCUGGUCUCUGUAAGGCUAAAGAUUACCACAAGAGGCACAAGGUCAGUGAGAUGCAUUCCAAGGCCACCAAGGCCCUUGUGGGAAAUGUUAUGCAACGUUUCUGUCAGCAGUGUAGUAGAUUUCAUGUUCUGCAAGAAUUUGAUGAAGGGAAGAGAAGUUGCCGUAGACGUUUGGCUUGCCAUAAUAAAAGGAGAAGGAAGACAAAUCCUAAGGCUAGUAGCAAUACAGACAUGAUGCACAAAGAUCAGACUGGAGGCUACUUGUUGGUCCUAGCAUGUAAAGUGAAGCAUAGGUGCAAGUUUCAAGUCAAUCGGAGAUCAAUUGGAGAUUCGGGAGAAUAA